AUGGUUAAACCGGAACUAUUCCCUACAUUCUUUACAAAGACCAAAGGUAUCAAUGCCUAUGUACCAAUACAAUUCAAUGUAAAUUACUUCCCAGAUUCAUUUAGACCUGACAAGGAAGAGGUAAAGCCACAAUACUAUCCAAUUGACAACAAAGGAUUGGAUGAGUUACCUGGAAUGGGAAUAUACCGUGACCUCCGAAACUUCUAUCAUAACUUCCACUUCUGUAUCAAAAUACAUGCCUUCUUUACUUAUGGAGGAUCGGAAAUCUUCACAGUCCAGGCCGACGAUGAUGUCUGGGUAUACAUCAACAAUUCAUUAGUAUUGGAUAUAAGUGGAUACCAUACUCUACAGACCGUAUCAGUCAACAUACCUGGUCUAGGUUUGUCACAAGGACAAACAUAUCCUCUGGAUUACUUCUAUUGUAAUAGGUAUACACCAUCAUCUUCAUUGGCUAUCAAGACUACAAUGACUUGGUUGAUUCUAUGGACUGAUUAUUGUGGAAUUAGUAAUGGUGAUGGAUCAUGUUGUGAAGCAUCGGACGAUUGUAAUGAUGAUGACUUGUGUACAAUCGAUACAUGCCCAUCUCCAUUGACCAAUGGCGCCAACUCCACCAACUUUAGACAGUAUUGUAAUCAUACAAGGAUCACUUGUGAUGAACAGACGAAGUCAGACCUCUGCUUCCAACAUCAAUGUGAGGGAGGCAAGUGUGUCGUCGGUGCUAGGAAGACAUGUCCACACAUCACAUGCCAUGUAGAUACUAGUUGUGAUCAAGAGCUUGGAUGUCAAUAUGAACCUCUUUGCAGGAAUGAUAUAUGCCACACUGUACAAUGCGUGCCAGGCAACGAGACAACAUCAGACACUUGUACACGUUCUCCGAUCGACUGUACAGGUAAAGACAAGUACUGCAUGGACUACGCAAGCGACCCAGAGCUGGGAUGCACAUCCAAGCCCAAGCAAUGCGGUCCACCAAUCAACUCGACUGAAUCAAAGUGCAUGAGGUACUACUGCACUCCAGGUGUAGGAUGCCAGUCAUCAUUGAUGAAUCAGACUGAGUGUGAUUGUUGUGAUCCAACAUUGACACCAAAGUGCAAGGUGGCCACAUGUAAUGUAACAACAGGCAACUGCGACUACACUGAUGUAUCAAUGGUCUCAUCAGAUGAUGAUCCCUGUCAAGUGGGUCAUUGUAAUCCUGACACCGGUGUGAUCACAUUCAAGCCAGUAGUGUGCAAUGGUUGUCAGACAUGUAGCCGGGCUUCUGGAGCUACCCAAGGUCAAUGCGUGGAUACCGAUUCAUUGUGUACCAGUCCCAAUCAAUGCAAUGUUGGUUCAUGUCAGAGUGGCGAAUGCAAGACCACCUUAAAGUCAUGCGAUGAUGGUGAUCCAUGCACAGUCGAUUCAUGUAACAUCUUGACAGGAUGUGACAACUCGCAGCCAGUAGUAUGUGCCGACCAAGACCUCUGCCACAUUGGUCAAUGCACACCAGGUGUUGGAUGUACUUCAGUCGACAGGACAUGCCCCACCGAGAGCUUCUGUAUCGACUCGAUCUGUGAUCUACGUUCAGGCUGCGUUACAUUCGCUCGACAAUGCACGCCACCAGACUCCAAGUGUCAGAGUGGCACUUGCAACAACUCGACGAGGAUGUGUGAGUUCCGUGACAUCUCUCCAGUGCCAUUCGGUUGCAACAAAGCAGCUGUCAUAUCAACUGGUGUUGCCGCUGGUGUCAUUGUAGCCGGUGCCAUUGUGAUUGGUAUCCUAGUGUUUGGUGCCAAGAAGGGCUAUGACUUUUGGAGGGUAUCCAGCACGAAUGACAAGAUUACCUCACUCAAUUCCAAUCCACUCUAUGAUGAGCAUCCAUCAGCUAAUGGCGCCAAUCCACUCUAUGUUGAACAAAUAGAUAAUACAGAUAUUUGA